AUGACAGAUCAAGAGUAUGUUCUUUGCACAUGGAAGAAGCGUUUAUGGCCAGCAAAGGUUUUGUGCAAAACGGGGGUACUUAGGAAAACAUCUGGUGCUAAAGCGACAGAGGCUUCUUUUAAAGUUGAAAUACUUGGCUUGAAAGAGCAGGUUUGUGUGAACUGUGCAGAUGCUGUACCGCUGAAGGAAGAAUGUAUAGAAAACAUCGCCUCUAACUUGGAUCAAGGGAGAAAUUUGAGUGAGGCCGUGGAAGAACUGAAAUAUCGCCGUUCCCUUAAAAUUGCCCUGGAUGUUUUGAAUCAAAAUGCCUCACCCAGACAAGUACCACCUUCAGGAAGAGGACCAACACAGCCCUGUGUUGAGGAGGGGUCUCCUGUGCCUGCCCCCUGCGAGUCUGACACAGCGGCACCUGUCAGAAGGGCAAACACCGGAAGUCAGCCUAGAAGGACGUUACUGGAUUCCUCCUGCAAAAGCACCUUGGAUGAUUUGGAAAAAAGCAUCAGUAGUAAGAGCGAAAGUCUAGCAAAGCAAUUAGAUGGAAGAAAAAAGCCAGUGAGUUUAAAACAGAUUAAUGGAGAACAAGAGACGGGUGCAACUGCGUCCUCGUACAGAAAAAGGAAAUGCAGGAAUCGCCCUGAAUCUGCCUCUGGGCUUUCUAACCAUGGGAUGCUUUCUGAUAGCUUCCCCUCUCAGUGUAAAGAGGAGGAAAAUAAGAAUACUUCACAUGUGGUUACGAAUAAAGUAAAGCAGUUUCAACUGCCUGACUUUGAGGAAGAUGAAGGGCUGGAAUCGUCUGACCUGUCUUCAAAUAUGGUUUCCUCAGAGAGUCUCUCUCGCCUCUCACCUCUGGUAGAUGAAGAGGAAGAGGAUGAAGAACUUCCUAGUAUUUUGUCACAUCAAGAACCACAGUCAAUUGAAGAAGGGAUUUUGGUCUGGUGCAAAUUGCGAAGGUAUCCUUAUUGGCCAGCAGUGGUAAAAAAUGUGAAGCGGAAACACAGAAAGGCAUGUGUGCUGUUAAUAGAAGGGAACACAAAUGACAAAAAAAAAGGUUUCUCAGUAUCUCUUAAGAAUCUGAAGCACUUUGAUUGUGAAGAAAAGCAGGACCUCAUAGAACGAGCCAAAGAAGAUUACCGCCAAGAAAUUGAGUGGUGUAUUCGACUGAUUUCUGACUAUCGAAUUAGAGUAGGUUGUCAUUCUUUUACGGGAUCCUUCUUGGAAUAUUUUGCUGCUGAUAUCAGCUACCCAGUUAGAAAGGAAGGUUAUCAAGGUUUAGUCCAAAUGACCUUUCUAAACACGGCAGAGGAGGAUCCUGAAGAGUCUCCAUCAGAAACUUCACCUCAGAAGCCCUCCAAGAAACUUCUUCCUGACAGAACAAGAGCUGCAAGAGAUAAAGCAAAUAAAAAGAUAGUGGAGUUUAUAGUGAAGACUAAGGGGGCUGAAGAGCAUCUUUUGGCUAUUUUGAAAAGCAGAAAACAGUCCCGGUGGCUGAAGGAAUUCCUGAAUUCGAGUCAGUACGUCACCUGCGUUGAAACGUAUUUAGAGGAUGAAGAACAGCUAGACCUUGUAGUAAACUACUUGAAGGAAGUGUAUCGUGAAAUAGACACUAAAAAUCUGCAUCAGAUAAAUGGAGAUGGAAUAAAAUUUAUUUCAGAUGUCCUUUUGCCUGAAGCCAUCAUUUAUGCGAUUUCUGCUGUGGAUGACAUAGACUACAAGAAGGCAGAAGAGAAAUACAUAAAAGGACCAUCUGUGAGCAAAAGGGAGAGAGAAAUAUUUGACGAAGAAAUUAUAGAAAGAAAAAAGUGCAAGACCAAACUAGCAUCUGCAGUCGGCGUCUGA